GUCGUCGUCGUCGUCGUCUCAGUUCGUGGGCCUCUUUGUCGCGGUUGUUUGAAGCACGGUCGGUCGAGUGGUUCGUGUGGAUAUAGGAUAGCGGAUUCCUAACCCAGAUCUCUCCUGGAUGGAAUGUCUCCAGGCUGUUCGUAGAUGAAUGAAAUCUGGAUCAGCCGUGGAACUGCGAUUCGUGCGGUUUAUUCAAGCGGCAUUUGUGCGAAUGUGGUCUUGAGAAUUCAAGCAAUCAGUGCUGCAGUUUGAGCAACACGGUGGGGUUUGUGAAUUAUUCAAUGGUUGUCCGUUUGAAGGAACUCUUCGAUGCAUCAACCUACCUGAACUAGAAAGUGCUGAACGAUACCAGACAGAUCGCUGUCAUUCGGUGCGAGUGUGCACGAAACGACACCGCAGUACCGGAGGGACUAGAUGUACGAACUAUGGAACGGAUGCCGGAGCGCUUCUGCUGCCAUUGUCUGGGAGAUCCAUCGAGUGAAUAAUUAAUUCGAUAAUGAAAACAUAAUCUGAUUAAAGCUAGCAAAGAGGGGGCAGAACCUUGGCGAAAAGUUGCCAAUGGCGGUGCGCACCAGAGCGUCAGUGAUGUGAUUAUAAUCGAAGAAGAAGCGCUUGAAGAAUGAUGCUCUGAGCUGACGAUGGCAUUAGCAGUAAUGAUGAUAACGAUAAUAACCGUGUAACUGGAAGGAGAAGCAUAUCUCACGCAUAACCCAAUCGUGGUGUUCGGAAAUUUGCUAAUCGUUUCUCGUUGCGGUGAGAAGCACGAAACCGAGAUUUUCCGAAUAUCUAAACGCUGCUGCUGAUGAUGCAGACUUGUGUGGGGGUGCAACAGGAAAUUGGCCGUGAUUUAUGAGUUCAGUGAACAUGAUUCAGUGCAGUUUAGGUGAAGAGUUAUUGCAACUAGUUGUACGUACGUAGAUAUGUGCGAGCAAGUGGUGUCUGCUGAGCGGUGCAAAAGGGAUGCCUAGCAGUUCGCAACGUACACAAGCCCUGUAGGUUAGUCAGCAGUCGUUUGUGUGUGGAUGGCAGUGAAAACUGUGUGUGCGGGAAAGUUUUCUAUCUAUCCCUGUGUGAAAUUCCUCCACCGACCGAGGUCAGACUACAUAUCUCCGUGACGGUGACGGACCGGGGGAAAGUAGUGCUACACAGAUGGACGACUGUACCGGGGAAACGAUCGACGAAAAAUCUCAGCUGUUAAUUUAAAGCCGGAUGUUGCUCUGCAGUGAAUGUGCGGCAGGGAGGUUUUUUUUUGUGUGGGGGAAAAACGGAGGAUGUUAGGCAAAAUUGAUACUGUUUUCGAGAGUUGGUGGUGAAACUGCAGGGCUGAAAUAGCCGCGGCGGUGCAAAAGGAGGUCAACGGCUGCGAGCGAAAAGCAUAUUCCAGUGUCAUCCGGAGUGAAUCACUGCGAGAAGUGCAACUCUUCGGCUUCCUGGCGAAAAUAAAAAGCAGCGAGGAAAUACACCCAAAAACAACUGCGAGUGAGAAAAACUAGCUAAGCGAUGAGAAAAUAAAGUUGUUAUACCUCUCGUCUGCCGGUAGUGGUUCUGUUUAACGACUCUGCAAAUAAGCAAAAAAGUGUAGCAUUGGACAAAAAGCUGGAGCAGAUUUUUUUUCGGCACGAAAUUAUGAAACCUAGCCAUAGUUUGGUUGCCGAGACGUAGGUGGAGGAAGAAGUGAAAAGCAUCGGAUGCUGCAAAAUCCUACUCACUUUGUGAAAGUGCAGCGCUCGGUCUACGUGAGUGAGAGCGAAAAAAUUCAUUGUUUGUUAGUGUUUUCCCGUGAUUUUUUUUUUGUCUCUGCCCGUUGGUGGCAAAGUGGAAGUCCCGUGUGGGGUUCCAGUGCGACUGGAGGCACACUUCAAUAAUCGUCCUUUUGGUCCCCGUCGGCUGCUGCUGCAGAAGUGACAGAAACCUCGGCAGCAUCAUCCGGUGAAACCUGAGCUGAAUGCGUUCGAAGUUCUGCGAAAGUGCAGCAGGCCAACAACAACAGCAGCAGCAGCAAGGACGAUGACGAUGAGAAAAGGACACAACGAAAAACGGAGCUGCUGCUGGUGGCACCGACAACGACGACCGACAAACAUGGGGAUUAUUAAAAUAACAUUUUUGCUGGCCUGUUCGGUUGCAUCGACAAUGUUCGGAUUAGCAAAAGCGAAACACACGAGCACGCACGAAAGCCAACCUGAGCUCAAUAACGAAGCAAAUUUUCCCCGAUUCGCGGAUCCCAUUCCGAACAUUACGGCCACCAUCGGGCGGGACGCGUUGCUGGCUUGCGUGGUUGAAAAUCUCAAAGGAUACAGGGUCGCUUGGGUCCGGGUCGACACGCAGACGAUAUUAUCUAUCCAUCACAACGUGAUAACACAGAAUCCCCGGAUAAGCCUGACGCACAACGAUCACCGGUCCUGGUACCUGCACAUCCGGGAGGUGGAGGAAAGCGACCGGGGCUGGUACAUGUGCCAGGUCAACACAGACCCGAUGCGGUCCCGGAAGGGCUACCUGCAGGUCGUCGGUGAGUGUCGGAGCCUGUCCCUUCACCUGGAAAAGUCAAUCACCAUCCGAUGGAUGAAUUCCAAUAAUGGAGUGCACCUUUUGAUUUGA